CGCGCCUCCAUCCUCCGCCCUCGCGCUCCCCUCGCACGUCCUCACGGCAGCAGAUACGCCACUGUCAUCGCAGCAGGAGCUGGCGUGCUCGCCCACGAUGUUCGCGCGCGGUCGUCGGCGAAUGCUUUCUCUCGCCUCUCUCCACGUCCUGCUGCUCGCCCUCUGCCGCGCGCAGAUCACGACACAGCCUCGGCGCUACAAUCUCUCUUCUCCCCUCUUCCUCUCACUCGCCAACACUGGCAAUCUCUCUCUAUCCCUCUGUUCCGGCCCGACUCCCCAGCGUCUCUCCGAAGUCGACCCGUCCGACUCUGCGCUUACACAAGCGAGGCAGCUGCUGCCAAGACUGGUGCUGGCGGAUGAUGAAGCUGGCGCGAGAGAUGAGAGUGAACCGGGGAGGACGUGGAUGAGUGGAGGCGCGGCGGUGGUGGAGGUACAGAAUGAAGGCAGCUGGAUUGCAGUCUACCCGCCGGAAGCGGGUCAGGGGACUUGGGAAGUGGAGGCGCAGAUGGGUGCAGUGGGAGAAGCUGCGCCAACCUCCAUCGCGCCUCAACCCGGCCUCUUCCUCUCCGACACCGACACAGCCGCCGCCUUGUUUCUCUCCACCAACUUCUCUUCGCUUCCCGCCGUGUCCAACUUGACCCUGCUGCCGAGCGACGGGCCCUUUGCCCUACCGGCCUACUUCAACUCCUCCUCGUGCUACCUCACCCGUCUCUCUUCGCUCUACUCCGCGUCUUUGCCUGCCAACUCGCAGCUACGCAUCAACGCGACCGAGACGAGACGAGGCAACACGGCCUGGCAGAACCAGCAUGAGCAGACGCGUCGACAGUGGCGCAUCGACGGCCUUGCUGCCGCGAGCAACUACACGGCAUGGCUCAGCACGGCAGACUCUGCGGAUGCUGCGGCGCCAAAGGUGUUGUGGCCUGCGAUCAAGCUGCGCACCAAGAGCGACGCGACGUGCCGACUGGUCAGCGACGUGCCCUUCUGUCCCUCCGUGGGCUAUGCCCUUCCCAUCUCUCCCUCUCUCUCCACCUCGGACGCUCUCUCGCGUCUCGAGCCCAUCAUCAGCACCAACGCGGCCAACUUCAGCGCCACGCUCUCGACGUUCGCCUGCGGCGAUCCGUACUUUGGGCCGUAUUCGAGCAUCCACACGUGUACCGACUGCGAAGAGGCCUAUCGCGAUUGGCUCUGCGCCGUCACAAUGCCUCGAUGUGUCGAUGGGAUUUCCAUGAGCAACAGCUAUGCAGUCGCACCCGAGCGCCUCGCGGAAAGCGGCACGCCGGUGGACGUCAACUCCGAUCUACUGCCCUACGUCCGUACACGCAACGCCUCGACUUCCCGAGCUCCACAACUGGAGGCGGACAACUACAGCGAGAUGCUGCCGUGCUUCUCGCUCUGCACGAGCGUGCUUCGUACAUGUCCGGCGCCGGUAGUGCAGUGGGCGUGUCCGUCCUGGCGCGUCACUGCGCGUUCCGACUACGGCGCGUUUGCGGAUGCGGGAGCGGACGGCUUCGGAGCGGGAUUCAACGGAGGUGCGGGAGAGGACGGGCAGCGAUGGGGAGGCACGCAGCGAUACAUCGCUCAAGAUGCGUUUGGCAACGCCUGGUGCAACGCGCUGGGCGUCGACUUUCGUCUUGCGGAGAUUAACGCUGCGCCGUCGUCGUCGCCUAGGUCUGCGCGCUACCUCGGCGCGCUGGUCGCGCUGCUCGCGGCAAGAUGCCUGCUGUAGAUGCCCAGCUGUUCAUAUAGAAGCGCUUGGCGCUAGAGGGGUAUGGGAAUGUCAUCGUCACCGUCACUCGUCCCUCUCCCUCUGUCUGUCGUGAAGAUGCCGUCGGUGAAGCCGGCGGCAUCCGCGAGGAGGCACAGUGGCGAGGCG